AUGGCAAACAUUAACCAGCCUUCAAACUCGAAUAGGAAAAAUUCUGCAUUAAGCAACCAAAGCAGUCCUAACGCCAAAGACAAAGGGAAAGAAAUACUAGUAAUGACUGUGAAUAUAAGGGAUGGCCAAAAGGAUCAAAUUAUAGUUCAUGAAGCUGAUAAUCCUGAAGACUUAGCAUAUCAAUUUGCUAGAAAACACAGUUUGCCCAAAAGAAUCGAAAAUGCGCUGAUCCACCAAAUCCUGCAUGAAAUAGAAGUUUUGAUACAAGAAGAGGACGAUAAAACACAAGAAAUAAUUUCUCAAAACCCUAGCAAAGCUGCGUCCCCUAAAAAAAGUCACAAUCCAAUUUUUCAAAGAAUCCAAGACAAAGUUUCUUCAAAGUCUAACAACUCCCCAGCAAUUUCCAGUUCGUUUAUAAGUGCUGCUCGACAAAAAUCAGCAAACUACGGUGAAUAUUUAUACACAAAAGAACUACAACAUAAAGAGCAAAAAGAACUGUUAAAUCAAAAAUGGAUCGAAAUGAAACAAGAAGCUGAAGGCAAAGAGCUUACAUUUAAGCCAACAAUAAACACAAGCUUAGCGUCUACUAAAAGAUCGCCGUCUUAGUCGGCAAACUGCCCGGAGGCACGCCCUGGUGCAACAAAGCUAAUCGGCCCAGAGGUCUGUGGGCCCGGUGUAACAAAACCGCAGCGGGAAGCUCUGGGUUUGGGCAACCCCGUAAAAGACGUUAAACUUAUAAAUCUUAAUGUAAUGUCUACUAAAAGAUCAACUGGAAAAUGUGAAGAAAGCUUGCUAUCUAGAGAAGCUGAUCGGCAACAAAAAUUAGCCCAGGAGGUUGAACGGAAAUUUAUUGAAGAAAAAGCCAAGUGCCCGUUUAGCCCAAAACUGAAUAAAAUGAGCAACAAAAUUCUUCAACAAAUAGGAAGAAAUGGGGUAGGGAAUAUAUGAAAUGAUUUAUACGAAGAAGCAAAAGUCAGAGAGGCAAAGAGAGAAGAAAUGUCGGUGCAAGAUUAAGAUUAAUAAGUAUCCGGCCAUAAGCGCUUCUUCAGGCAAUGGCCAUAAACCCGUCUCGGCUCAAAAAAUGGCUUGGCGCCAUUUUGGAUUACCGGCCUGAACCACCUGUCUAGGAGAUUAGCUCUUCCUGGGCAGAACCACAUCUUGAUAGUGCCCCAAGUCCUGAUGAGGAAAGGCCAUAUGGCAGGCAAAACAUAUCUAGCCCAUCUGGCAGGGGCAGGGAAAGCAUUCGGGGAAAAAUAAAACACCCUGCUUCGGCAAGCUUCUCAUUGAGACAGUCUGCUUGAGCCUUGAAGGCACAUUUAGCCAUCUCUCUCACCGACCCACUGCUCCAUCAGGAGGUAUCGCCUCGGAGUCCAAUUUUCCUUCAACAUCACCAUUUUAUUUUAUGUCGGUGCAAGGGUAAGAAAUAUUUAGAUUUCGGAAAACGUUCACUUUUCAGCCUGAAAUUUCAGAUGUUUUUCCUCAUGAAAGUGGCACAGGAGUUGUAGAGAGGCUGCUGUCUGCAAAGCAGGAAAGGGAUAACAAGAUUGAGCACCAAAGAUCCAUAAAUAAUCUUCCUAUUGACCAAAAUACAGGACAAGAACUUUUUAAACCCGCAAUUGGGAGACCUCCUGCUUCGGAUAGAAAUAGAAAAGAGGUACCAGUUGGUGAAUAUUUGUAUAAGCUUAAAAAGAAGCCUGUAAAGCCUCUGGAUUUUCCGCAUCAACCAGUAGAUAUGGAAGGAAAAAAGAGAACGAGUAGAGUUGUAGAAAAAAUGAAAAUUGAAAGGUAUUUUGAAAUAUUUUAUUUAAGGCUGAUAUAUCUAGGUAAAAAGAUGCUGAAAUUAUUUAUGCGAUAAAUCAAUACAAUAGAGUAUAUUCCAAAUGUUAAGCCCAGAUAUGCAAGGCUGCAUAAGUUUUGAAAAUAUUAAUAGAAAUAAGGUUGAUCCUAAGAUACUCAAGGUUAUCAAACCUUUGCUAGAAGAACUUGAAGGAUAUGGCCAACCUCUGAACUUCCAAGAAGUAUGUGAUGCUUUAGACAAUUUAUCAAAAACCCUUACACCAUUAGACAAAAGCGUAAUUACACUUAAAAAAAGAGAAGAGAAAAUAAUCGAAAGUGAGCCACUUUCACUUAAAAAGAGUAUUUCUCAUGAUUCUUUGAACAGGACAAAUAUAUAUAGAUUCUCCACACUUUUAGCCUCCUCUUGUCCGAUGUCUUCCGAGGCAAUCUGGGAGCUGGUUUCACCACCUUAUGCUGGUGAAACUUACCCUUAAAAUGGCAAAUCUGCACUAUCUUGAGAUUUGCCACUUUGAGGGUUGGCUCCGCCGACAUAAGCUGGUGAAAUCCACGCCCAAUUGUCUCGGGAGACAUCGGGGCAAGAGAAGGCCAAAAGUGUGGAGGCGCUAUAUAUAUGAGAGAGGAAUGCAAAACAAAGAGCUGAGGGCUGCUAAGCUUGAAAAAGAGAGAUUGCAAUUUGCUGAAAGGCAGGUUCAAGGAUGCACAUUUAGUCCAAAGAUUAAAGAGUAUAAGCCUGAGCAUAGUUACUAUUAUUAA